CUGCAACCUCGAAAUGGUGAACGAACGAAGCCUGUGCCUACACCCUCUCCCCAAACACAUUCCCAGAUGCAGCCCGAUAGCUUACUGCCUCUAUUGCUUCCUCAUCCAAAGUCAACCACGGAUACAUCGAAACUAGAUACCGGCUCCGAUCACUCCUGUUCUUCUAGCCACAUGAAGACCUUUCCCAACUCCAGCUUCUUCAAGGAGAAACGGGCGCCUACACUUCCAACGCCAGCCGAUAUUAGGGCUAUCAACCAGAAGUCGGACAACGUCCUCGCCACAAACUUCAAUCGCCCACAACCUCUUAGGAUCCCGUCACUAGGACUGUUUGUCAAGUAUUGA